GAUUGCCCGGGGACCAACUGGCUGAUGCACAAGCAAUAGAUUAUACAAUUUUAUUUGCGUAGGCGUUGGAGUAUACAAGAGAGGAAAUCAGUUUGUGAUACAAUAAACUAAUUAACGGAAUAAAAUAUGAAAGGAGACAUGAAUGUCAAGUAUAUAUAAUUAUGGGGGAAUAUGAAAAGCUUUUAACGUAGGUAUAAUUUCCGCUUACAGGAUAAUUAAGAUACCUAUAUUUUCCUGUUUUCGCGGUCGUAAACUGAACAAAAUUAGUUCGUAGCUGAGAAUUUGAAUAUUGAAUGCAUAUGAAGAUUUGCUGAUUAUCUUAUAUCUGUUUUGAACGGAAAACACUUUAUAGAAUAUCUUCACCAACUCCCCUCCUCCACAAAGAGAAAAAAACAGGUGUUAACGUUUGUAAAAUAUCUAACCUUAAGGUUUAAAGCAUAUAUAAUGAUGUGAUAUUUGAAAUAAACCUGCUUGCAUUUUGACCCCCCACAUUUUUUAAACUUCUUACUAAAUGUUAACUCCCAACUCAACUACCAGUGUAUUUCACAUGAUCAAAAGUUCUAAAUAUUCCGGAAGAAAACAAUCCUGACGUACUUCAGAACAAUGAGAAUGUGGGAGCAAUUUUAAUUCUGAUAAGUAUAAACUUAUGUCACGUUGAGAUAGCAGCAAAACUGUUGAAACAAAAAUUGGUGGGACAUGUAGAUCACCAGCUCCAAGCUAUGUACAUCUAUUAAGAAAUCUAUCAGGAAAGAAAAUGGAAUGUCGAAAAUCUUCUUAUGGUUGAUUUAAUAUGAAAUAUGAAAAGUAGCAAGAAGCUUCAUUCAAAAAUAAUCUAAAUCCAAUGGUUCAUACAAGUAAAGUGAUCAUCGAAUCAAAAAGAUUACGAGCUGAGUCGGAUAGUCAAGGCUGUCUUUCAUAUUUUCUUAGCUACAGAUUGCAGACCGCCUUUAAUCAGGAAAGUCAACAACCCAGAAAUACGUAGAACUAAAUUUCGAUUGGAAUAUAAAAGACAGCAUAGUUGACGUUGACAACAUGUAAUGCAUUUGACAACUUGUGAUGCAUUUAGAAUCGACUUUGUGAACUAGGUGUUAACAUCUGUCUUACUUCGAUAGAAUUUGAUAACUGAUUACAUGAAAGUUUAAAGUACUACUUAUUCAGGCAGACAGUUUACGCGAGGAUGCUGUUAGUAGAAAUGUAUAAGUUUACAAAGUAUAUUAUGAAGGAUUCGUUGUAACUUACAUAAACGACAUUUAAUGAAAAGUGUACCGCGCUUGGUUUUCGUUUAAUCUAAAUGUGAACUAUUAACUCCCUCAUGUUACUACACAACUGAAAGAUUAUUGAUAAAAUAUAAUCAUGUCAUUAAGUAAGUUAUCCAAUUCUUUACGUGAAAAAAUUAAUCCUUUUAGUGUAGAAGAUGACCCGGAACCGAAGACAAGAUGCAUCUACUGCAGAACUAAAGAAAGACUGCGUUGGUUCAAACAUCUACAGAAAGGCAGUCAUAUAUGUAUGGGUGGAAAGAAAUUUAUGCUUAGCAUCGGCGGUCACCAGGUUGUUGCAUAUACGCAUCACGCAAUUGUGAAAUCCGUCCAGAUGAUUUCUCAUUCUACAGCUAUGGUGACUAUGAUUCAUUUCUAUACGACACCGUAUGAUGUGUCAAUACGGAUACAAGAAACAACGGAAUUGCUUGACCUCCAUUACCAUGAAAUAUAUAUCAUACGAUAUCGGCACCCGACACAUCAACCGGAUAUGAUAAUCGAACGGGCCGAGCGGCUUAUAGGACAGAACAGGCAAGCAAAGUACUCCGUCUUUUCAUGUAAUUGUGAACAUUUUUGCAACUGGUGUUGUGUUGGAAAUGCAAAAAGUUUUCAGGCAGAUGGUGCAAAGGAUGCUUUGAAUAGCAUUUUGACUGGCAUUACAAAUGUUUGCGGUAAAAGUUUCGGUGUUGUCUGUCGACUAGUAUUAUUGUCACUUGAAGAUGUAUCAAAAUUAAGUUCAUCUUGUCUGAUUAAUGUUCCUUGGGGCGUGCUAUCGGUGUUGACGAUCCUUUAUCUGCUGUUCGUAAUUUAUCAGACUUUCAAACUCAAUGAGGACAGAAAGAAGGGAAACACAUGUUCGUCUUGUACCAGUCGCAAAAAAGUAGACAUUUGGAUUCAGUUUGUCGCAUAUUGCGGGCUUCAAGCCGGUGGUCUUGGGCUGCUAUCUUUGAUUAUGUCUGUAGGAGCAUCUAAUGGCAUUGUUCUCGGUUCACUCCUUGUAUGCAGUGUGUUGUCUUUGGUUUGCAUAUCAGGCAUUCCGAAACUUCGCAAAGCGUUUCUUUCUCCCUUCCGAGGUCGAUUACUGGAAAUAAAGAGUUUGAGAAAAGUCUGGUUUGGCGAUGUCAUUUCUUUUCGAUCUUGGAAUUUGUCGCAUUCUAGCGUAGUUAGUGCUGUAAAGGUGUUCCCUGGUACAGACAACAAAAGAGGGGAAGUGAGGAUCGUACACUACUCUAAACCCGGCAUAUUUGGCCGUAGGAGUAUUGUUGAGGAGGAUAAAACUAUUGAUCUUGACAUUGACAGUGUCUUUGGACAUGAUUAUUCCGGAUAUAAUGUACAUGAUCCAGAAAUCGUAGUAUACAGAGCAAGGCAAAGACUUGGUGAAACAAAGUUCAAGAUGGUCUCCAAUCGAUCUUGUCAUUUCUGCCACUGGGCUAAAGUAAAUGAAGACUUGAGUGAUAAAAUGAAUGGCGAAGACAAAACUUUCGAGCAUAUUCCUGCACUUGUUUAUUUGAGAGAAGUAGAUCCAGCGGAAACAUUAUCUAACUUGCCCACUCAGUCUGUUCAUAUCGACCACACUAGAGGUAGAAAACAUGCCAGUAAGAUUAUCGGAAAAGUGUGGGCCCGCAUCAGAGACGAUGUGCAGGCAGGACAACUGAUCGAGUUUAGGCACAGAGGGCUUUGUCAUAAAGCUGUAACUACUAGUGUACAGUUUGAUGUCAAUGAAUUUUCAAAGUUAUCUGUUACACUUGUUCAUUAUGGAAAGGAAAGAAAAAUCUGUGAAGAGACAUUAGACUUUGAUCUUAACAAUGAAGACGUAUGGAUUUAUAAAUACCAUCCGUUGUACCAGCAUAGAAAAGACGAUAUCAUUAAACGAGCGAGAGCAAGAAUUCAUGAAAGAAAACACAACAUAUUACAACAUCGAUCUUCUCAUUUCACGAGAGAAGUUGUUGAAAAGGGACAUAUUUCCACUGUAUUGAACAUAGCAGAAAUCAAUCCAGGUGACGUCGUAUGUUUUCCAUACUGGUCCUUUUCACAUGAGGCGAUCGUUUCUAAUGUUGUACCAGGCGAUUCAAAAGCAAAGUCUGUCGGAAGGAUGACCGUCAUUCAUUAUACGAUUGAUGUAUUAGCUCCACGAACUAUAAAAGAAGAAACUAUUUUAAUAGAUCUUCAAAAAGAAAGGUUAAGUCUGAUAAAUUAUGAUGGCUAUGUUACAUACCCUCAGAACAAAGUGAUCGAACGGGCAAGGUCAAGAAUAGGCGAGCAACGUUUCUCGAUCUGCGGGAACACGUCAGCUGACUUCGUGCACUGGGCCAAAGUGGUACAAUAUCCUGUGAUAAUGUCAGAAUUUCAUCAUUCUCAAGGGGUUAAGGGAGAUAGUCGUCUGCUCGUUCCGAAGGCUGGACUUCGCGUGGAAGAGUUCCAGCGUUUUAGUGCUAGGGCUUGGUCUGACUUGUCUCCAGGUAUUAUUGUGGAAUACAGAUCAAACUUAUGUAAAAAUCAAGGUAUCUUGUCCCAUGUCGAUGAAACAAGAAACACAAUUGAAGUGGUUCAAUACGGUGCAGACAGACUUUUCUCAUCAAAGGUUCUCCGGGUGGAAAACAUGAAGUUGGACUUCCGUCAUGAUAACAUUUGGAUUUAUCGUGGACAUCCAAAGCGAUGUUACAAAACAGAAGUCGUUCUAGCUAAUGCUUUUAGGCGCCUGGGAGAAAGGAAAGCUGACACAGGAAAGAGUUCCUGGGAUUUUUGUAAGGAAUGUGUCCUCAAACCACAGUCACCAGAAAUAUAGGGAUAUUCUUCCAUUCUGUACUACUUUAGGCUAUUUUAUUGGCUUUAUUUCGGUUUAGGGCUAGUUAGGUGGUAUAUGAUGCUUUGGUGUUUCAAUAUUUAUAUUUUUAUUUUACCAAACUCUUGUAAAAUAAUCAAGGUUAGACAGUACACUAGCUACACACCUGUCAAGUUGAUAUAUUGUUGAUGCAUUUUUGUAAUUGUUUAUUAUAUCAAACCCUCACGUUUUAUACGUCAAAUUGUCAGACAGGGCAUCUUAGAGAAUUACUAUAUAUUGAUGUUUUAGAUAUCUCGAGUCAGGAGGGCUUAGAAGUCCGGCUGGACUUAGACCUAGGAAUGGGUCUCGUAGAUAUUGUAAGGUUUUGAAUAUGACACUUGUUAAGACUUAAGAAGUUACAAAAUGAAUUAUGAAAGUUAUGUACGAAAUAUUCUACUGUGUAAAUAAACUUCAAAAACGUCCAGACUCGUGUCGUGUUAUGUUACGUGACACUCUGCAGUACGUCCGUGACAAACUGACAUGUUGUGGGCCAGAAUUCAAAUAAAGUUCACUGUUUUGUUAUCUACAUCGCUUUUGAAUGUGCUACUCUGUUCAAAAUAUUUUGUCCCAUUCUUUUUUCCCAUUGGAUGUGUGUCUUGAAGUUUGUAUCCAUGUGCCACUAACUUAUCUAUAUCGACAAUAUAUCAAUAUUUCAUAUAAUGAUGGAAAAAAUGACACCAACAAUCAUCGAAUAGAAUAACAAGAUGGUUGGUUUUUAAAUCGCCACUGUCAGGUUAUCCUUUUUUAAAACACAUAAAUUGCAAGAUACUAGUAUUGGCUUCCAAUACUAGACUAAUACCAGGCAAUAUUGGGCAAUACUAGACUGAUAUCACGAUUUUGUCUUUUGAUAAAGUAUGUUAAUGCUUCAAGAGUUGAAAAAAGAGAAAAUUGUAACUAUUGUUUAAUUGGUCAUACCAGUACAUAUUACAGCUACAUGUAUGAGAAAACAAAUGACUGUAUACAUGAAACGACUGAACUGCACAAUGUUGAUUUCAUUUCAUGAAUACGAGGUAUCAUGCAAUUGACAUGCUCUAAUGAAGUACUGGUAUGUACUUAUUUAAAACGUUUAAAAAAACUAUUGUAUUAUUUGAUUUGAACAAUGUUAGUCCCAGACAAUGAAAUAUAGUAUGUAUGGAUAUUACCUGAGCUUACACCAACCAUGCGUGUUAUACUUUAUUGUUUCAUUUUCAGCGUAUACUUAACGAAAUAUAUAAAAAUCAUAGGUGACCGAUUAUAAAUGUCUAUGAGUGUAUGUAUUACCUCAUGUUGUAGUAAGACGUAUACUCAGGUUAGAUUUGCGAGAACUAUUUUCUUGUUCUCAGUUAUUAUGAAAACUGUAAAUGUAUUAACAAUAAAUAUAUAUAUAU